AUGCCUAGCAUUGCGCAGGUCAGGGUACACGCUGACGACGAAUGGUCCCCUCUCCGCGCCAUCAUCGUGGGCCGCGCUGGAAAGUCAUGUUUUCCCAGCGCCUCGAAAAGGAUGAUCGAGAAGACUAUGCCCUCUGCGCACGUCCACCGCUUCCAGCCCAAAUCUCCUUUCCCCGAGGACCUUCUCACCAAAGCAGAAGCCGAGUUAGAUCAUUUCGCCGCUAUCCUGGCGAACAAGGGCGUAAGGGUAUACCGGCCGCCUAGAGACAUCGACUGGCUGGCUGUAGACGGCUACACGGGUGCCAUGCCGCGAGACGGACUUAUGAGCGUCGGCAACGCACUAAUCGAAGCAUGUUUCGCAUGGAAAUGUCGCUCACGAGAAAUCGAGCUCGGCUUCGCGCCUAUCCUCGAUGAACUCGCGCAAGACCCCCAUGUACGUAUUGUGCGACGGCCCACGCACACCUUCGCAGAUACCCUAGACGACAACAAAGGUGAAUGGGCAAUAAACAACAGUCGACCCGCAUUCGACACAGCCGACUUCAUGCGCUUCGGCCGCACCCUCAUCGGCCAGUACAGUCACGUCACCAACCAAGCAGGCGUGGACUACGUGCGCCAGAACCUACCACCAGGCUAUCAAAUCGAGAUCCUCGAAGUAAACGACCCGCACGCAAUGCACAUCGACGCAACCAUCCUCCCCCUCCGCGAGGGUUUGCUCGUAUACCACCCGCACAAAGUCACCGAGGAAACACUGCGGCGACAUGCGGUUCUUGCGGACUGGGAUCUGCGGGCAUACCCAUUUACUCCGGGGGGUAGGGAUGAGCCGCCGUUGUAUAUGACUAGUCCGUGGUUGUGUUUGAAUGCGUUGGUGUUGGAUGGGAAGAGGGUGGUUGUUGAGGCGGGAGAUGAGCGGACGGCGGGGUGGUUGGAGGAGUUGGGGAUGGAGUGUAUUCGGUGUCCGUUUCAGCAUGUUAAUAGUAUUGGGGGGUCGUUUCAUUGUGCGACGGUUGAUCUUGUGCGUGAGGCGUGA